GCAGCACUUGACUUGAUUUGAUUCUUUUCUUUUUUUUUAUUAUUUUUAUUUUUGUUAUUUUUUUUCCUCUUUUUGCUUGCGAUCUUUUUUUGUUUCUGUCUCUCUUGCAUACCAUUUCGGAAGGGAAUCCGGCGCUUGGGAGGGUGGGACCUAUGACCAUGGAAAUGAUGGGUUGGGUUUGGUUUUCCGUCCGCCUUACUAGAGGCUUUUUUCUUUUUAUUUGUCUGUUGGAUUUUCACGGGUUUUUUAUUCCCCUUGCACAUGCAUGCAAACCCCGGGUCGUCAUCAUUGUCAUCAUUGUCAUCAUUGUCAUCAUCGUCAUCAUCGUCAUCAUCGUCAUCAUCGUCAUCAUCAUCAUCAUUACAGUUUUUUAUCGGUGCUACUGUAACUGUUACUUAGUGGCGCUUGAUUGCUUGCAUGGUGCUUGCUUGCCUGCUUGGAGUGCUUCGGGAUUUUAUUUCGCUGACAUAUAUGAUCAGCAUGGGGGGUGCUCGAGGGAAGGGGAAGCGGAGGCGGUAGGGCAGGAAUGGGGGGGCGCAAGCGCAGCAGCAGCAGCUGCUGCAGCUGUUUUGAUUGCUUUUGGGCAGGCCAAGGCGUGCUCGCCAUGGGGUGUUCUCGCUUGUCUUUUCGGUCUUGGGAUUUUGCUGCUUGGCCGAGCCGGAGCGGUGGGCCCGGCGCCCCUUGGAAGGCUCAGGGACAGGGCAGCAGCAGCAGCGGCAGGGCAGACGCCUCUUGUGUAUGGGUGUGUAGAGUGUAUUCCUGUAUGGUGGCGGUCGGCUCUGCACGUCUGGCGCUGCCGCCGCCGAAGCGCUUCUUCUGCUGCUGUUGUGCGUGCUGCGUGCUGCGUGCUUGGGUGCUUGGGCGCAAGGGGCUUGGUUACUCAUGUAGGUAUUGUACUGGCUGGCUGAUCCGACGGGCGUUUGUUUCGCUGCUGCUGUUGCUCGUAUGUGGUGGGGCUGUAUGUAGUACUGUAUGUAUUGUACAGACAAAUAACUACCUAUUAGUUGGGGUGGUUGAGUGAGAGCUUGGAAGCGAGUCCAUAUCUUCUUUCUCAUUUCUCUUUCUCUUCUCCUUCAUCACCUCCCUCUUCUUUGCU